CUGGCUGAUGGGGAAGGCUAGAAACUUGGCGUUACGUCAAUAGCGUCCGAGGUUCAACCUCGCGGCAACGUCCUGUCAAUCAAAUUGUCGUGAUAGAAUGCUUACUGGCCUUCUGUCGUCUCGGUUGAGGAACAAGACCUCAGCUUUCAGCAUUCAUCAUGAAGUGAGGACAUCCGGACGUCCCGACGGUGAGGACACGCCAACCGUGACUCGUGGAAAGCUGCGUCCAGUAGGGAGACACUGCAGCGUUGUGAGCCCCUCGGGCCGAAUCUUCAGGCUCAAAUAUACUGUCGAUCUUUGCAGAUUGUGUGUCGGUAAAGAAUCAGGAACUUUGGAAGUUCAAAGUCGACGCAAAACUCUUUGGAUGCCUUGUAUCUUGAAGCCCAAAGAACAUUUACAAAAGAAAAGUUGACAUCGGACAAUAAAGCCACGCUAUUCCCAAUCAGAAACAUCUCCACAAUUUAGCGCCGUUGUCUUAUCGAUAAACCAAAAACCAAGCCACAGUCCCCAUCUCAACGGACGCGGCGCUACUUUCCCGUUUCAGCGUUUCCCCCGUUUGGUCACCACCUGUCCACAAGGCUGAGAGCCGAAUUAUUGAUUUUUGUCGUCACCUGCACUUGCCCACUCUUGUUGAUUUGCUCGUGUGUGGUGCAUAUUCAGCUCCAAACUGUCGGGUCUCCGCCUUGCGCCCCUCUCUAGCAACCGUUUUCUAGGAGGCCGUCCGGGGUAAUUGGCCGAUUCCCCACGUGCUAGGCAUGUUGUUUCAAGACUUUCAAAACAUCACAUCAUCAACAACAACCUAAAACCACACCCAAGCCGAUUCCAAAAAUACCUCCCACGUGGCUGGCAGAGCAAGGUGGCGAUUUCACUCGGUGCCUACAACAUGGCUGCCUCAGACAUCCUCCUCUCUGACAACCCAGAGCCGAAACCUCCGGUGGUCAACUACGUCCUCUCCUUUUUGCUGGUGGGCAUAGCGUGGGGGUUGACGACACCCUUCAUCCGCGCCGCGGCCCGCUCCCACUCCCCUCCACCCCAUCCGCUGCUCGAGUCACGCUCUGUGCAGUCGAGUGUGGUGAAGCGGAAGGUGCUCGGGGCCUUUUUUGGUGUGAUGGACCUGUUGAGGAACCCGAGGUAUGCGGUGCCGCUGGUGCUGAACUUGACGGGGAGCGUGUGGUUCUUUUUGUUGAUUGGGAAGGCUGAACUGAGCUUGACGGUGCCUAUUGUGAAUACCUGUGCGUUCUUGUUUACCGUGCUGGGUGAGUGGUGGGUGGAAGGGAAGGUUAUCAGUCGUGAUACCUUGAUUGGCAUGUUUUUAUCCGUGGGGGGAAUUGCAUUGUGUGUACAGAGCAAGAAUGUUUAGAUUCGUUGAUGGUAGUUGGAGUACAUGUAUUAUACAUAGUCGAAGAGAUUUAGCGUA